UUGUCCAGUUAAGACAUCCGCAGCUGGGGCGUCGGUGCGAGUUGUCUCUUGCUGUGGGAACAUGGUGCGGACCAAAGCAAACUACGUCCCAGGAGCCUACAGAAAAGUGGUGGCUUCUCGAGCCCCUAGGAAGGUGCUUGGCUCCUCCACCUUUGUCACCAAUUCUGCAUCGUGUUCAUCGAGAAAAGCUGAAAAUAAGUAUGCAGGAGGGAACCCAGUUUGUGUGCGCCCAACUCCGAAGUGGCAAAAAGGCAUCGGAGAGUUCUUCAGGCUGUCCCCCAAAGAUUCGGAAAAAGAGAACCAGCUUCCUCCUGAAGAAGCGGGGUGCAGUGGCUUAGGAACAGCAAAGAGAAAAGCACGUCCUUUGCAACCUGAUCACACAGAUGACGAAAAUGAAUAGAACUCAUUCUCCUGAAUAAUGCCUUCAGUUUACUUAGGUAUUCUGGGAUGUAAAUUUGGGUAGACGUGUUUGUUCAAUUGGCUUGUUGAACAGGCAUUCAGUUAAGGGGGGGGCGCUAAAAUUUCACCAUUCAAAAGCAACUGGCUAUGAAAAGGGAGAAUUUUUAUAAUUUGUAAAUUAUAAUUGCAUACUUGAAUUUAUAAUGUCAUAUGUUGCUUCUUUUACCUAUUAAGCUUCUUGCUAAAAUAAACAUUGCAUGAUGUUCUAAUUACUAAUCUAAGUCUUUGAGAUUUGCUUAGAUCUUUGUACUAAUACCAUUUUAUGGGCUGUAUUAUUAUGUGAAAUAGUGCUGUAUUAUUAUGGCUUGUUUGCUUUAAAAGUCGGCGUAGUUGUUUUCACAUUA